AUGUACAUGUCAAGAGUACGACUUAUCAGAGACAAAAAUGGUCGUGAUAAAUAUUACAAUGUGGACACCAUGAGGCACAAUACCGAAAUGAUUCAAAAUAGUGAAGGUAUUUUUGAUAUUUUAAAACAAGUCGCAAGCAAGGUUGCCUCCAACUGAUAGGAAAAGCUGCCAAAGAUAUCGCUACUAAGGCAGAAACAAAGGCCAUUGAAAAAGGUGCAGAACAUGUGAGAGCAAAACAGGCCAAGUAA